AUGUCACUGAUGCCUCUUUUGCAUGUCGCAGCUCGGAACGGGAACUGCAGUAUGCUUCAGACCCUGUUAGAGCAUCAGGCAGGCGUUAAUGAGUGUGACGCACAGGGACGCACUGCAUUGCAUUUCGCAGCCGAGCAGGGCCACGAAGCAGCUGUCGGGUUGCUGCUAGAUAAUGGGGCUGAUAAUGAGAUGUGUGAUGAGGAUGGGAAGUCGCCACUGUUCCUGGCAGUUAGUGCGGGUUAUACUAUUGUCGUGGAUACCAUCCUCAGCCACCGGAAGAAACGUUAG